UACAAAGUUGUUUACAUACGGGUAACUUUGGACCGUUACCCCAGUAACAAAAUGGCGGCAUAAAUAAGUUCAAAUUUAAAAAAAAACCUUUGAAACUGUAUUAAAAAGCCAACCGAAAUAAUGUCAGGAACGAGUGUUGUACCUUACCAGCAAAAGCGUAAGCAAGAAAUGAAAUGUACCAUCGAUACACACAAUGAGUUGGACCAACCACUGAAUUAUGGGUUCUUUGGCUUAGAAACUAUAGACGCUGCAAAUGAUGAGGACCCUCGGCCUCCAGUAUCUCCACGCAAGGGUAAACAUACUGUACAACAUAAGGAAGGAAAGUCGCACGGUAGAUGUCUUAGACUUAACAACAAUAGUAUUACAACUCUUAAAAGUCUUAAACAGUUUACAGAGCUCAAGUUUGAAGACUGGAAAGAUAUUGCAUGGAUUGACUUUUCACAUAAUGAACUGCAAAAAAUUGAACCAGAGCUAACUGAGUUUGAGAAUUUACAAAUAUUAUAUCUCCAUGGCAACGGAAUAGCUGACCCCGCCCAGAUAGAUCAACUGAUACCUCUAAAGAAUUUACGUAAACUCACGUUGCAUGGAAAUCCGAUUGAAAGUACUAAAGGAUACAGAUUUCUGGUGCUUAGUAAGCUUCCACAAUUACAAUGUCUUGACUUCAGCCGUGUAACCAAGGCUGAGAUGAAGACGGCCAAAACGUUGGAAGGCAUGAAUUCCUGGGGUUUAAAGAAGAAGAAAAAGGUUGAAGAGGAUGAAUAACAUUGAUGAUUUUAUCAAUUUAUGUGUAAAUUGUUCAUUUUAAUUAAUCAUUUUAUAUAUUUUGUUGACACACAGACAUAUAAAGGAUGACUUUUAGAGGAAUUUGAUCCUGAUAAUGAUAUUCAGUAGUUUUUAAAGGUCAUCAGAUUUUACUUGUGUUCUAAGAUAUGUUCAUAGAUUUUUACCAUAUAUGUGUAAACAUGUGUGUUUUAUCUUAAUUCUGGAAACAAGUGUUGGUGAAAUGCUUUUUUUUCAGUAUUUUUAAUUUGAAAAUCAUGUUCUUAACUCUUUCAUUCCUUUCUACAGUAAUAGAAGGAAAGAUAAUAGUAUUAUAAUGUUUACAGUAAAUUAGUAAUACUGUAGGCCUACAUGUUUUUGAAUAGACCAUAGAUUUUAUAAAGUAAUUAUUGUAAAAUAAUGAUAAUAUGUAAUGAUUUUAUUUAUUUACUUUUCCUUUUAAGUUUUUUUUUGUUAAGUCUUCAUUUGUUGUUUACUACAUGUAUACAGAUUGUGCUUGUAUUUCUAUGGUAGCCAUUUGUUUAAAAAUAUUUUUAUCAGAAUAAACUGUAUCAUUGCCAUAUAUAUUAUUUCUGUGAUGUAAGAUUGAAUGUGUUUAUUUAGAUAUUAUGUUGCCCAAGUCUGUGAUAUAGGAAAUAUUAUGUUCCAGAGGUAGUUGUUAAAUUUUAUCUGUCAUAUACAGUAAACAGUAAACAAGAAAAGUUCAGAAUUGUAAUAAAAAACGAAAGGUAGACCUCCUUAAAAUCCAUGUCUUGCAAAAUGUUUCAUUGAUAUGUUUCUGACAAAGUUUUUCUGUCAGUGAAUGCAACAGUACUGAAUAUUGGCAAAUUUAAAAUUUGAUUUAUAUGAAAAGCAACAACAUAAAGAUGCAUAGUACCUGUUUAUUACUUGUUUAUUAUUCUAACAUAGGUGUACCAAGAAGAAAUUAUUCUAUAGACACUUUGUGUACUAUAAGAUAACCUCGGCACAAAUCAGUCUUUUGACUUGUUGCUUUUGUAUUAAAUUAAGUCACUGUAUACUUAAAGGUUUACGGUCAACUGAUUUAGACUUACCAGUAUGAUAUACCUUUCGUGUGAAUUUAAAUGUAAAGCAAUGUAAAAAAAAACUGAUGAGACAUGCUGUUGAUAAGUGUGAUUUUAAUAUGAAGUUGUCCUAAUGCAUGCUGUUGUUUCUGUUUAUUGUUGUUGUGUUUAUGAAAACUGUCUUUGUUGUUUGUAUGAUCAUUGUAUGAAUGUUUUGUUUUAGGAAACGGCAAUGGCAGUUACUGUAGGCAUAUAUACCUGCUAUUUCAUAUUGUCUUUAUGAUUUUCAGAAGUACAAACAGACAAAAUGAAUGUGUAUAUUGUAAAGGAGUGUGUUAUAAAAUCAUGUUAUUGACAAGAUGACAUUAUUGAACAGUUUGAUUGAUAUAAUUUAAAAUACAAGGUUGAAAAUUAUAAAUGUUAACUGUGAGAAUAUCUUGAUCUAUUAUUUGUAUUUGGGUCUUUGAUGGAAAUUUUUAUAAUAGGUCAGGUGUAACACUUCCACUGUUGGUGCAACACUGGCAUAGUGAAAUGCACUAGAGUAAAAUUCAAAAUUAAUGAUAACGCCAUAAUAUGAUCUAUCAAGUUGUAUGAAAACUGUUAAACAUAUAAGAAAAUUCAUUCAAAAAAAAAAUGUGGUAGAAAAAAAGUUAUAAAAAUAUUCAUCUAAGAUAUGAAAUUUCUUUUUUUUAUACUAAAUGUAGCUAAAUGAUCACAAAUUACACAAAUUAUAAGAAUAAAGGUAAAAUUGUUUUCAAACUGUUAAAAUCGUUUUAAAACAACUUUAAGAUUUUGAUUUUUUUCCAAAAUAAUAAUUAGGUGAACGUUUGUGUUUUUUAGCAUAUGUAAACAAAUUUUUUUUAGGAUAUGUAUAAAAAGUUAUUGUAAAUAUAUGCAUUAAGGUUGUGAUAUAUGUUAAAGGUUGUAAUGUGUACUGCCAGAUGGAAAGCAUUUAGCCAAGUUGUAUACAUUCCAGUUCUAUGUUUAAUUAAAGAAACAGUAUAAGA